AUGAAGCUGUACAGCCUCAGUGUCCUCUACAAAGGCGAGGCCAAGGUAGUGCUGCUCAAAGCCAGGUACGACGAUGUCUCUUCCUUCAGCUUUUUCCAAAGAUCCAGCGUUCAGGAAUUCAUGACUUUCACCAAUCAACUGAUUGUGGAGCAUUCAUCCAAAAGCACUAGAGCUUCUGUCGAAGAGCAAGACUGUCUGUGGCACGUCUUUGUCCGGAAUGACAGUCUUGCAGGUGACAAUAAAUGCCCAUCCCGGGUGGCCUUUACCUUGCUGGAGAAAGUACUAGAUGAAUUCUCCAAGCAAGUCAACAGGAUAGACUGGCCAGUAGGAUCCCCUGCUACAAUCCACUCUGCAGCCCUGGAUGGUCACCUCAGUAGAUACCAGAACCCAUGA